AUGGCAAAGCUUGUUCAUAACAUCCAAAAGAAGCAACAUAAAGAGCGUUCUCAAACUUCUGAAAGGGCCAGAUAUGGUCUCUUGGAAAAAAAGAAAGAUUAUAAGCUUCGUGCAGCUGAUUAUCAUAAGAAACAAGCAGCUAUCAAGGCUCUUAAAUCUAAGGCAGCAACAUAUAAUCCGGAUGAGUACUACCAUGCGAUGACAUCUAACAAAACCGAUGAUAGAGGUAUCUUGGUAUCUGAUAGAGGUAAUGAAUCACUCUCUGUGCAACAGGUGAAGCUUUUAAAGUCCCAAGAUGUGAAUUACGUAAGAACUGCUAGACUUAAUGAACAGCUGAAGAUAGCCAAGCAAAAGCAACAACUUCAGUUUGAAGGUAAAGGAAAACAUACAGUAUUCGUUGAUUCCUUUGCAGAACAAGCCAAUUUCAGGCCUGAAGAGUAUUUUCAAACUGAUAAACUGUUACUUUCCAAAAGAGAAAAUCGUUUAAAGGUUGACCAGUUGGAACAGAAUAACCAGAAAUCCUCGCUUGUGGAAAGAUUAGACGAAAAGGAUCAAGACUUCAAUAACCUUAAAAAGUUGAAACAGUAUAAAUUAUUAAAACGAAGGUUGGAUAGAGAAAAGGAGUUGAAACAAGUUGAAAGUAGAAUGGAACAGACUAGAGAAUUAAUGAAAAAGGGCAGUAAGAAGAAGCUGGUCGACAGUGAGGGUAAGGUUCAAUUUAAGUGGAAGAACCAAAGAAAGAGGUGA